AAGGUUCGAUAACUACGGGUGCUUCACGUGAAGGAGAUGGUCCUAGGGAACAGAAACGACCUCGUCUUACUGCCAUGCCACCUCAAGCUGUACAGCUGAAGCAAGAGGGCAUCCACGAUGACAUCACCAUCAAAGACAUUCUGGAAGAUAUGAGGUCUAAAAUGGACAAGCAGACGAACACGUUAGAGACACUAGCCAGAGAGAACGAGCGGCUGAAAAUGACCCUACAAGAACGAUCGAGAUUGCGUGGCCCCUGAUUUCGGUCCGCUCCGAUGUCGCAUCAAGAAGGAUUUUAGCAUCACAGGGACUGAAUUGUAGGGCCCAUACAAACGGAGCCGCAGUCCAGCACGAUGAUCUUAUCGAGACUCGUGUUACUUGAUCUUUCCCUCGCACCGCCCUUAUAGCCUAAGUUGCAACUGUAGCUGGUAUUUCGAAGAAUCAAGAAGGCUCUCUCGUGCCCUUUGUUCCUCCAAUCAACGAUAUAUCCGUCUUUCCAGAAUCUUUUGGAUGCUGUCGCGGCCGCCUCGUGUUUUCUUUUCAGGUAAAUCAACCCUAGCAAUCAUGGCUAUGACUCCGAAAUAUCCCAUGCGUUUUCUUGGGUGUACGUAUUGAUCCAUCGAUAAUUGGACUUGAGUGUCCGCAUAAACCUGUAGUUCUGAUGAACCCUGCGACAGU